AUGGCGAACACGUUGUUCCGCGGUGAGCUGUUCCUUACAGCAUCGGAGCUGGAAUCAUUCCUUCAGAGGUUGAAAGAGCUCUGGGAUGCAACGUCAAAGGAUGAUGCAACGGUAGACGUCCCAUGGCAAUUGGCGCCAAUAGAUGCCGCAAUAGCACGUGGUCACAAUCAUUUGCUCACAGAAGCAGUUGACAUGAAUGCUCCUUUGCCCCCCAAGCGUGAACGCUCGAACAACAUCCAAUCGAGAAAAAAUGUCACCAGACGCACUUUGGCUACGGAUGUCCCGGGCCACUCUACUAUCGAUGACGACAUCGAUUCGCUUUUCAAGGAGAUAAUGGAUGAGGGCUUCGACGAAAUGGAAGAGCCGUUUGAAUCGCAUAAAUCCACAUUUCCGCAACAGGAGGAGACGGUCGAUUACGAAGACACCUCCCCCAUUUUCCCACUGUUGCAUCCUGAUGAUACUGUGUUAACCAGCAUGCCCACAUGGCUACAAAAGUUACACCAGGUCAUUGCAGCGUUGUGUCAUACGAAAAGCGGUAGCCUUUUUGCAACUCCUGUAGAUGUGGCUGCCGAAGGUACACGCGAAAAAGCCGAAGACGAAUCAUCACCAGCGCCACCGGUAAAAGGCGUGACGUUGCAAAUAGUUCUUGAGAAAGUACUGCAAAAUGCGUACGCGUCGAGCACUGAAGCAUUUGCCGAGAUAUACACGAUGCUCCUUACAAUGUUUAAGGUACAAGUUCCCGGCACCAUCCCUUGGAUGUCAACUCACGAUGCGUGCUGCAAGCUGGAAAAACUUAGACGUGAUUCCAGUCUCAUUGACUCCGAGAAGGCCCACGUAUCAUUCGGAGGCAAACACCUCCCGGCGGCCACUCCGGUGACGUUACCGCGGCAGCUACCUGCAAGCCUCGACUUUGUCGCAGAAAUGCAGCCAGUAUCGGGCCAGGAGAAGGCGCAAUUCCGGGACACCCUCAUGGCACUUCCUGCGGACUCUCAUCUCGAGCUAUUUAUCGCAUUUGAACAUUUGGCUGUUUGGAAAAAUUUGGGCAACGGUGAGAUCGAGCUGGACGACGAAGCGACUAACUCGAAUGUGUUCAGGUAUGUGAGGUUUUUAAUUGGCACAUCGCUUCAGGGAGAUGAUGCGCUGGGCACAGCAACGGUACGUCAAUCGUGA